AUUACGUCACUCGAGCCAAGCGAAGCGCGGAGGGAGAUGUACGAGAUCCGUACUCUGUUAAAAUUAAUACGUCAUCUCAUAAUCUAAAGUGAUAUUUAUAAAUUAUACUGUGGUCUCGAUUAUAAUCCAAUUAUACAACAGCAAAUAUGCCGGCGGCGCGGGGCGUGAAACGUGCAGCGUCGAAAUCGUCGGCUCCUACGGCAUCGACAGGACCGAAAAAUAAGAAAAAACGCGGAGCGAUCCAGUUAGAGAUCCCGGCUGCCCCGAAGCGGCGCGGCCGUGUCAUGACAUGCGGUCAAGGCGACGUUGGACAGUUGGGACUCGGCGAGGACGUGAUUGAGACUAACAAAUUUAAAGUUGUGACUGCGUUGGGUGACAAAAUCGUGGAGAUACGCGCGGGGGGCAUGCACACAGUGGCGCUGGACAGCAAUGGGAAGGUGUGGACGUUCGGGUGCAACGACGAGGGCGCGCUGGGCCGCGCCACGUGCGGCGAGGCGGACGAGGCGCGCGCGGGGCUCGUGGCGCUGCCGGCGCGCGCGCGCGGCGUGGCGGCCGGCGACUCGCACUCCGCCGCGCUGCUGCACGACGGGCACGUCUACGCGUGGGGCGCCUUCCGGGAUUCUCACGGCACGAUGGGGCUGGUGGUGCGCGGGCGCGAGGGCAAGGCGUGUCGCGAGCCCGUACACAUCGAGCUGCCCGAGCCGGCCGUCGAGAUCGCUUCCGGGGGAGACCAUCUCGUCAUGCUUACCACAUCAGGCGCGGUGUACACUAUGGGCUGCGGUGAACAAGGACAGCUGGGCAGACUGGCGCAGCGGUCCGCGUCCAGGGAUGCAAGACAAGGAUUCAGUGCCCUGCUGGUGCCUUCCAAGGUGACGCUGAAGCUGGGAGCGUCUCGUAUCUGGGCGGGGUACCACGCCACCUUCGCGCUGGAUGCAAACAGCGACAAGAUGUUCGCAUGGGGACUCAAUAAUUAUGGACAGUUAGGAAUAACAGGAGAAAAGCGUCGUCGGGCACUAUACUCGCCGAUGGAAUGCGACGCGUUCACAGCGUGGCGCGACAGCAAGGGCGACAGCGUCACGUGGCGCAGCGUCGCGGCGGGGCAGCACCACUCCCUCGCGCUCGACGGCGCGGGUUCGGUGCUCGCGCUGGGCCGCUGCGAGUACGGCCGGCUGGGACUGCCGCAGCCGGAGGACGCGCAGCAUCUCACCAUCAUACCCGCGCUGCAGCACAGGAACGUGGUCAGCAUCAGCGCGUCUACCAGCAGCUCGUUCGCUGUUACUGCUGAGGGCGAAGUGUACUCGUGGGGUAUGGGCAGCGAGGGCCAGCUCGGCACCGGCGCGUGCGCAGACGCGGCCGAGCCCGUCGCCGUGCCGCACGGAGACCGACCCACCAUACAGGUCUCCGCGGGGGGACAACACACCGUGCUGCUCGUGGAAGACACAUCAUCAACAAAAGAACCCUCACCAGCACCGGAUCAGGAAAUGGCAGAACAGACGACAGAGGACGAGAACACAGAGGAGGAGGAAGUGAAGGCGAAACGGCCGAAAAACGAGCAAGAGGGAGAGAUAUCGUCCACGUCGAGCGCGCAUGCGAGCGAGGUGGCAGAAGAGAGCAAACCGCAGAAGGUGAACGGUGACGAGACGGACACGCCCAUGGAGGUUGACGACACUGACAACAGCCAAGACAACAGUCAAGAGAAAAAAGACGAGGACACGCAAGACAAACCGGAAUCAGAGCCGGAGCCAGCCAAGGAAGAGAGCAAGCCGGAGAGCACCGACACGUCCAGCGUCGACACCGCCGACAGCGAGCCCGCCGAGCUCAACGGCAAGCCGCCCUCCCCGCAGGCGCCGACCCCAGCCUCCACCCCCGCCUCCACCCCGGCCGACCCCGCGCCCGUGGCGCCGGCCCCAGCCGCGCCCGCCCUCGCGUCCGCGUGAUGCCCAGCCCGCGCCGGGACGCGCCGCCGGUUCUAGCUCGUGGCAUUACCGGGAACAUUUGUACUUCGUAUCUGGUAUGAAAUGGCGGCCGUUUUCAAUUAAACUUUUUCGCUCGAAAGAAUGAACGAAUCAAAAGAUAUUUUUUAUACAAAAAAACCUGUUCUGAUUGGUUCGUUUUCGCGAUCGGAAAAAAUUGUGGUCGUUAAUUGUUAAAGGUAAGGCUGAUCUGCAGUUUCGACUAUGUUUGAGUUAGAAAUGUCAGUUUUAUAGUUGUUUCAGAAGCGAAUUUUUGUAUUUUUAAAGUACAAAAAUGUUGAUUUUCAUGUGAAAUUAAUAAAACUGAUUUUUGACUCUGACUGAAAUUGAUUUUAUCGAUAGUCGAUUUACAGAUCUCAGCCUGUAUCCAAGUUAAAAUUUGUAAGUGGGUUGCUAAGUUUGACGAUUAUACAGGUGGUUCUAAAAUGUCGUAUUUUAGGCCAUGUUAGGAGUAUAAUUUGUAACUUAGUGGUAAAUGUUGUAAAUUCGAGUAUUACGUAAUUACAUACUAAUUUCUAAGAGAUUUCAUAUGGCACGUGGAUAAUUUUUUAAUUUCGGGAUUUUCAAGUUCACAAUUUUUGACAUAGAAAUUAUGAUUAGCCUAAUAUGUAUAUGGUGUCUGCUGAUUUUGAGGUUAUAUUAGGGUAUAUCUAUUUGGUACCGCGAUUAUUUUGACAUUAUUGAUACAAGGGAAAAAUAAUUAUUUAUUGUGAAAUAAGGAAGUUUUUGCCCGAUUGUAAUAAAAGCCGUAUUUUUCCUUCUAUCAAAGUAACAAAUAUUCAAUGUAGAUGUUGAUGACAUUACUUUUACUUCUGCUUACACUAUCAUUAAGUAAAUAAUAUUACUAGUAAGUUACAAAUCACACUCCUUGUGGCAAUUUAAGAAAUACAACUUUUUCGAAACACCCUGUAUAAGAAGGCAAAGGCACCAAACUUACAGACAAAGCCGUUUUAUACUGGACAACGUCCGCCAUGAUGAGAAACACAUUUGUGAAUAAGUAAAGAGCGUCCAACGCGUCAUAUCAAGUUAUGAAUACUUAGUUAUAAAUGUAUUUCUAAAAGUCAGCGCUGACGAAAUCAGUGGCCGUUGAGACUCAAAUAAAAUUCGAUUUUAUAUCCUUUUUACAUAUGAUUGAUAUUGGUGUGACAAGGAAAUCGAGAGGGUUAUACUUUAAUAUCAACUGUAUGUUACUAUUAUUCUAUCUUGGUUUGGAGUGUCAGCGCUGAUGCAAAAUUCAUGGUUAUUCUUGAACGAGUUGUAAUCUUCAGCAUGUUUGUGGACAGUUUCGUCAACCGAGUUGCAGAGACGUGUUAUUUUUUCAAUAAUGUUGAUUUGACAUAAAAUAUUUUUUUUGCUCAUUAUUUUUUUGUAUGAUUAUCUGGAUUGCUGUAAGUUGUGACAUGGUUUUCGACUUCUUCUGACAUUUAGGUGUAAGAUUUCUGCGCAAAUACAAAAUGCAUGAUUAUAAAGUUUCUUUUUGUAUGAACAAUAUGACCGUGCCGUAGUUUUGACACUUGUUCAAGAUAUAAAACUAGAAUGCACACGUACAAAAAGAUUUUAGACCGACACAGCGCGUUUGUGAUGUCCAACGCUUUGUCGUGCUAAAUAAAAAACAGGGAAAUGUAACACUUAGGUUUCUACACAAUGUAGAACGUUAUUUCAGUUUGUGCCACGAGAGUUGUAGACAAUAUCAAGCCUUGUAUCUAGGUCUUACUCUUGUCUAUUUCUACCAAGCACUGUUCCGGUUUGGUUCGUGGCCAGUGUAAUGUAUAAUGAGUGCAGUGCCACGCAGUGUUAAGUUCUGAAUGGUCCUGCUACUUGUCAGUUGUAUAGAAUGCUUGAUUCAGAGGCCGGAUAUCGUAUACCGUGCUGUACAAAAUGUUAUUAGUCUUGUGACUGAUGUAAGUGACAAUUUACAAUAGUGUAAUUUUGACAUGUAUGUAAAAUUAUGCUGAUUUUAAUUGGUGUAAAUUAUUGAAUAUUUUUGUGAUUUCAAAUCUUAAUAAUGGCUUAACUCUUUAUAUCACUGGUUAAUGCAAGAGAUAAUUGCUAUUCACAUGUACAUAAAAGCAUUUACAUCAGUUUGCAAAGACGGUCAUGUUUGGUGUUCUGGAAGGUUCGGCGGCGUCAGUUGAAAGCGGCAAGAUGGCGCGUCCCGCGUCGAUGUAAUAUAGUAUAUUUCAUAAUUAGACACGAGGUUGCUAGAAUAAAUAAAAUAUUAUAUAGUAUAAGAUUGUCGAGUGAUGCGCGCGUGGACUUUACGAAUUGACAAAAACGUUACGUUGUUUUUUUUUUAUUAUUUUUAUUUUAUACAAGUUUGUGCAUGAUUCUAAAGGAAGUACAAAUGUACUGUACACGCGACGCUAUAUUUCUUGAUUGUUACAAUAAAGAUGAACUAUAAUGUAUUGUGUUUUCCUAAUAAAAUAGUAGUGUA